UAAUUUUUUGUUUGGUGUGUUUUUCAAUGUCAAUACUACAGUGAACUUACGCUAUUGUGCACACAGUUUAUCUACAUGUCUCUACUAUCACUAAAAUCCAUACACUAUUGGGAAAUGGGAAAAGUUUUUUGACCAUUACUAUCAAUUAUCAUUGUGGAAAUUUCUACCCUGAUAAUUUAUAAUACAUCGCAAUCCGGUGCCACUAAAUCAAGUGAUUGUCUAAAAACAAAAAACUCUUUGAAAAACGGGUCUCAAGAGAAAGUACUGGUAUUCAGACCAAAGACACACAGAUUUAAUGGUCCAGAAAGACAUGUCAUCGUCGGGUAAAACACAUCACAGCGACAGUAGUGGCGGACCCGUCGGGGGUGAGGCUGUAGGUCAUACUACCAGUCCUCCCGGUGCCCCUCCCGUGGGACACACCGGCGGUCACAACACCGCAACUCCGGCCGAUAAUAACAGCCUAUUUCUCGAUGAUUUGGUUCAGGAUUUUGACAUAUCGUUGUCCGGCUUCGGGGCCGACAAUACACAAGUGUCGCUAAUCCGGGACCUGAAUAAAGUGAUAAACACCCUGGGUGAUAAUAUUAAGGUAGAACAAAUUGAGCCUCUGGAGGCGGACGAUCAUAAUGCUCAGGACUCGCACGAUGCCCGGGCUAAAUAUUUCCGGCAAACUAACCCCGAUAGCCCAGUAUCUAAUGAUUCUUGCGGUUCGUAUACUUCCACCGACAGCGAGAGAAGGUAUGGCAGCAAUGGGUACACCAAUUAUCACACCCAACAACACCAUCACCACCAACAACAACAACAACAACCACCAGCACCCGUACCAUCGCUGCAAACGUUAUCAUCGGUACCACAACCGUCAUCGACCGCGCCUACCAGUGCCGAAGACAUGGCCGCGUCGGCCAAGUCUAUGAUAGAGGCCGCCCGUAAGGCCCGCAAGAAUACCAAACGGCUGUGCUUUAAGGGUCUGACAGCUACCGAUGAAUUGUCACCAAUCAGUUCCGUGUCGUCGUCGGUGGACACCGGCUCUGUUCAUAAUUUUCCAUCGGACAUCUCGGAGUCGGGCGAAACGGUGGGCGCAGUCGUCGGCGACUACUCGGCAAAAAACAUGGAGAAUUCGUACGGCUAUUCGUGGCGCCGGUAUAGCAAAACAGAUGCACCCUCUGUGGCCAACCGUAUGUCUAGCGUACAGGUGGGCCAAACAAUCAAAGCCGAGCCCCACUCCAGGGUGUUUCAGUACAUAUUGGGUGCGCCCACCGCGUCGGGUGUCAAACUGGGUGCCAUGACCAUGACCUACUUAAAUCAGGCCCAGCCCUAUGAGAUCAGGCUCAAGCGUAUUUCCGAUAUUCCCGGCUAUGAUGGUAAAAAUUUGCGGACAACCAUGCGCUUAGGUUUCGUGGAAAAGCGGCUACAAUACCGGGAGAAGGAAGAGAUGAUCAAUUGGUGCCGAACCCACGCCAAGGACCGCAUUAUAGACGUGGACUUUGCCCUCAGUUACGGCGUGUUUGACGUCCAGAUCCAUAGCACUAACAUUAAUGGCCUGGAGUUUGUGUGGAACCCCAAUCGGGAGGCGUCCAUAUUCAUCAAGCUCAAUUGCAUUUCCACCGAGUUCACGUCCAAAAGGCAUGGGGGCGAGAGGGGCACACCCUUACGGCUUAUCAUCGAUACCUACGCUAUGGUACAAAACACGCGGUUAGACUCGGCUCAGUGUCUGGUAUACCUGCGGCGCCUCUCGCGCGACGACUUGAUCCAAAUCUGUGGCGUAUCCGACGGCAUACGGCUGUAUAACACUAUCCACGCCAUACCCAGCACUACACGGCUCACCAUAUUUGUCACCACCGAUGGUAAAGUUCAUAACGGAAUCUAUUUGAAGACAUUGACUGAGGAGGAGCUCCGGCACAGGUUGACUGAAACCCUGGGUAUUGUCGGUCAGACCCUCAGACAUAUAUACCUCAUCGGUCCCAAUGAUAUACGGAUUAAGUUAACUAAUAAUGUGGUAAUGAAUAUGAAAAAUGAGUCCAUAUAUAGCUGUUGUGUUGAUAAAGUCAUCUUCAUCAUCAGCCCAUUUGGUCUGCCAUCGCAAUCAUCGCAACCCAUUGUCUCUCAUCAGUGGUCACACAUCACCGUCAGGAACAGACACAGUGACAUACAGUCCACUCCCGAUAUGAUGGACCCGUCGGUUGGCUGGGAUCAGUCGGAGCACAACGGGCCGGGCGCGAGACAGUGGCGGAGGAUAUGGCGCGACUACUGUACAGCCAAAGACAUCACCGCCAGCACAUCCGCGACCACAACUACUACAACAACAAUAACUGCCACAACAGCCGCUGCCGUCGCCGUCGCCGCUGACACGGAUAGGACACAAGUCAUGGCACCGCCGCCGCCACCGCUGCCAUCGACACCGAUAGCCGCCAGCAGUAGUAGUAAUGGUAGUCAACCUCCGGAGCGCGUAAACUAUCGUCACCAACACCUGUACCGCCACAACAGCUACAACAACAACCACUCGAGCCAAUACAGGUCGUCACCGCAGCAGCACUGGUGCCCAUCGCCCGCCGCCUCCGCCGCUGUCAACGACUUGUUCAGCAAAAAGCGCAGCCAAGAGGCGACCGCAGCGCUAAUGGCGGCCACUUUGGCCAAAGAGUCGGACAAUCCGGCGCUGAUCACCGAUCUCUCGGCCCAACGGCAUUUGAUUGAGCGCCACAACGGCACCCCCUGGUACGGCCCGGACCACCCCCGGCAUCCAUAUCACAGUCAUCAUCAGCAGCAACAGCGACAGCAGAAGAAGUCGGGUGAUAGCGGUGUUGCCAACAGCCAGUGGUCAGCAGCGACUGGUAGUCAGCGUCCGGCGUGUGAUUGGACCGCCGAAGAGGCUAUGGAUCACUUGCACCGCGAGAUUGAGAUGUUUUACGAUUAUAUGUCGCCCACAGAGCACGAGAAACGGCUCCGACGGGAAGUGCUUCAGAGGAUUACCAAAGCGAUUGAGACGUUGUGGAGGGAUGUGGUGGUCCAGUGCUUCGGGAGCUUCAGUACGGACACAUAUCUGCCCACCAGCGACAUCGAUCUGGUGGUGAUCGGCCGGUGGACAUACCUGCCGCUCGUGGAUCUGGAACAGUACUUCUUGAUGCAACGCUUUUGUCACCCGCAUCAGAUCCUGGUGCUGGACAGGGCCACCGUUCCCAUCAUUAAGAUGACCGACAACUGGUCCGGUAUACGCAUAAACAUCAGCUUUAAUUUGAAACAAGUGUUUAAAAGUGUCGAUUUGGUUAUCAAUUACAUCAAAGAGAUGCCAAACGUGAAGAAAGUGUUGCUAAUAAUCAAACAAUUUCUACUGCAACGGGACCUGAACGAGGUGUUCAAGGGUGGGCUCAGCUCCUACAGCCUGGUCCUAAUGGUGGUCCACUUCUUCCAGACCAAUGAGAGCGCCCGAAAGGAGACUAAUCUCGGUCGUCUACUGCUAAAGUUCCUGGAGCUGUACGGCUUAAUACUCAACUACCAGGAGGUGGGCCUACGGCUGGCCGGCGGCGGCACCCGCGGCAGCCGAUACGUACCCAAACGGGAACUGUUGGCCACUACUGUACAACACCCGCAGCCGCAGAUUGUGGUGACGGCCACCGGUGGUCAGCCGUAUUAUCAGCACAGUUACCACAAGCCAUCGCUGUUGAUCAUUGAGGAUCCGUUGGACGCGACAAACAACGUGAGCCGCAACUCGUACGCGAUGGACAAGUGUCGCGACGCGUUUGCCUACGCCUUCCGGACACUGUAUAUGGCUGUUGGGCCGAAUCGGGCGGCGAUUGGCGAUCGCAAUGAGUCGAUUCUGGGCCGCAUUGUUCGGGUGACGGAUCAGGUGGUCGAUCGGCGACUGUAUUCACUACAACACCAGCGCUACAAUCGCUACAAUCCGUACGGCCAGCAGUCGGAGUGCGCCCGAUGUAGCCCUAAGCCACGG